AUGAUUCAAAUUCUUUUGAAACAUUCUCAUGAACGUGGCUAUGAACGAGUGGAAUUCUAUUUACGAGCCAUACAGAAUUUUACAUUCCCGAUGAUGAUGGAAAACUCCAAUCCCGAUCAUCAUCCACCAACCAUGAAUGAAAGCAAAACAUCCAACAAUUCAACAUCCCUUCUCAUCUCUAAAUUCUUGAGCAAUAACAAUACCCAAUGCCAUCAAGAACUCGUGAAACAUAUCAUUGCUUUGAACUAUGCCUCGGAAUUUUACUCUAGUUUAUUAUCCAAUGCUGCAUCUCAAACGGAGCAUGAACAAAAGGCUUCUCGUAUCGUGCAGGACCUCACUGCCGAGUAUUCGAACUCUACCUCUGAUAAGUGUGGUAACAAUCAUACAAUACCAUUGUGGAGCUUGGGAAUUCAAUUGAAAUCGAGAGAAGAGUUGAUAAGUAAGAGAGAACAGUUUCUCAUGAGCAGUGAGCUCAUUGAAAAAAUAGAAAACGUAAUUGAGGAUGAAGUGAACUCAAAUUCAGAUACUGAACCUUAUUGUGCCAAAACCAUGGUGGAAGUAUUGAUUGCGAGGGAAGUUUUGAUUUCAAUUUCGAAAGCUUAUGCAAUUCCUGGUGUGGAGAAAGGUGUCAACUUUUACUUGAGCCUCAAGUUGAGGGCACAUUGCUCACGAUCGAGCUCCCUUAUCAAAAAAUCACACAAUAUGUUGAAAGAGUAUCCACAAAUAUCAGAGGAGAUUACGAACGAUUUAUACUCUCUGUUCAAAGUCAGUGAAAAAUUGGAGACAAUCAAUUCAAUAACACCACAAGGCAAGAAUAUUUUACUCAAACUCUCUAACGAUCGACUUACAAAUAACAAAAUUGAGGAGCAAUUACAGGACAUUGCUAACUUGAACAUGCAAAUAGAACAACUGAAACAUCAAAAUGAAAUGCAAAUGGCGAGUGCUCUAGAGACAGAAUCAUCAUUGAAAAUUACGAUUCUAUCCAAGAAUGAGGAAAUUACUUUAUUGAACAAACAAUUGUUGGAUAAGGAAGUUAAAAUUUCAAAUCACAAAGAGAAAAUCUCAGAGCUUGAAGAGAAAGUACACUCGUUGAACGAGACUGUCGAAUCUAACAAAAUUACAAAUUCAAUACUGCUAAAGAAUUUGACACUGCUUGAAGAUUAUUUACAAACCCUAAAUAUCACAACCAUCAGCAUUAUCGAAAAGAAAGAUCAGCAAAUCAAGGAAAUGCUUCUUGUGAAAACAAUGCAAGAAGACACAAUUACGAAGUUGCAAAAUGAUUUAAAAAUUGAAGAACAACGAAAAGUCUCACAGCAAAAUGCUCUUCAAGAAGAAAUCAAAAAGCAAGCAGAUUUGAUAGAAGGUCUUCAAAAGGAGAUUACUCAUCUAAAACAUGAGAAAUCUGAACAAUUCGAGCAGAUUGAAACUUUGAAACAAACAACAUUGCGUGUAGUAAUGACUGAAAAGGAAGAAAUACAGAAACAUUCGGCUCAAUUACAGCAAACUGCUCAAUACAUUGCGCAGAUUUCUAACUACAUGGGACAGUUUAAUGAGACCAUCAACGAAGAGAAUGAAAAAAUCAAAGGCCAACUCAAAGUGUUCCUAGAUCAAUUGGAAAAGAAACAACAAUGCCAGAAAACAACAAGAGAAUUAACCAAAAAGUUGCAUCAUGUGGAAUUGGAGCAACGUGAAUGUUUUUCUGCCUUGAGCUUGUGUCGUGAAGAAAGGACAAAAAUCAUUCAAGACAAACAAGUGGAAAAGUUAAUCCUUAAACUAACCUCUCUGGAGAAACGAAUUGAAUUUUUGAGCAAUGAAAAGCAAGAAUUAAUUUUACGAGUUGGAGAAUGUUCAUCUAAUGUUACAGAGUUGGAAAAACUCUUCAAAGAGUGCUCAGACAAAUCGACCACACUAUCAUCCAUCCUCAUUGAAACCAAACUUGAGCAUGUGGAAGAAGAAAAGAUAUGUAAAAACAAUGUAGAGCAAUUGGAAUUCAAGCUCAACGAGACAUUGACAGAAAUGAACAAGAUACUUUCACAGAAUAGUGAUGAAAAUUCUAACCUUGUACAAGAAAUUUCCAACCUUACAAGCCAUCUCCAGGAAUGCCAAUUGACAACACAACAACUCACUACUCAGAACAGUAAUUUGACUCUCACCCUUCAAGAACUAACUCUCUCAUUCCAAGAGCUGGAAAAACAAAAUCUUGAAUUGGCUUCCGCCCAUGCACGAAAGCUGAUUUUGGAAGAAGAUUCUGAUAUUAGUUCUCAAAUUCAUUCACCCGAAUCUGUGGAUCCACAAGUUCAUUCAAAAGAACCAGAAAUCGUAGUGCCAGAGUCAUCACACCACACAACGAAUGAGGAUCCAAUCAUUCAUGAAGACCAUGAAGGAGAUAAUCUCACAAUAACCAAAAAGGAAGAGGAACUGCAAUCUUCAACAGCCACGAACGAAACUCAUGAAGAAAGUGAUAGUGUUACCUCCACUCCAACACCAACGUUGGAAGAGUCAUCUCCUCAAAACAAUCCUUAA